AUGGACAGUUUCGCAGGAGAACAAAAAGUUGUCAAUGCCCUCGUGGGUAGACUGAUGAGUCGUUUCAACUUCUCUUAUCCACUCCACUCCGAUGUCGUUCAAUCUCAAUUAUUUGUUCUACAUGUUCUCAAUUAUGUCUUCGCUUCGUGGCAAUAUCAAAUUCAAUCGAAUCCAAAUCAUUCAACUCAAGGUGAACUCCGAAGAUGUUGGCCAGAUCCUGCACCAUUAGACGAUAAUCUCGUUAAACAAUUCAUGGUGAUUUUCUUUUGGUAUAUCCGUAUGGUAUCCAACGACAAUACAUCUUCACCUGGUACUUCAAGUCCAGCACCAAAUAAAGAUAAAUCAUAUGGAACAACAUCCGUUACUUCCACUUCUAACAAACCGAUCAAUUCAACAAAUCGAGCUUCUCAUGUUUCUUUCGGCUUAGAUUUCAUUCAACAACAUUCUACUUUCCCUUCUUCUACAAAAUCCGAACAUCCACGUACAAUAGCUCAACAUUGUGGUACUUCGAACGCCGCUGUGACAGAAAUGACUCGUGUGGUAUCACGUAUAAUUUUCUUUCUAACAGCUUCAAACGGACCUCUCAUAUUAGCUCGAUUAAAACAAAAAUUAAAGAAAUUAUGUACGACAAUAGAAGAAGAACCUGAUGUUUUAGAUUUCCGUUUAUUGGAAUGGAUGAAUGUCGAUAGGUUUAGAUUAUCACAAAUAAUUCAAGAAAUUUCUUCUUGUUUCCUACAUCUUAAAAAACAAUCUCAAUCAGUUAUAGCGACUUCUUUACGUUCAGCAAUCUGGAAUUGGUUAGAUAUAAACCCAAUGGAAUAUAAUUUAUUAGUGGAAUCUAAUAGGAAAUUAGAAGGUUCACCAGAUCAUCUUUUUGACGUACUUUAUUCUUUGGCAGAUUUAUCUUCAGGUUCAAUAGGAAGAAAGAAUAAAACUUUUUAUCCUUUGAUGGCUAUGUUAUUAGUCGUUUGUCCUGAUGUUUUCAAAAAAGCUGUAUUGGAAGAAGGUGGUGGUAUGAAAAUUGGAGCUAGUUUUACUAAAAAAGUAAAUUGGUUGGAAAGUUUGAGAAAAGGUUUGGGAACGGCUAAAUCUUGUGAAACUUGUGCACAAGUUUAUAUCGAUUUAAUAAAUGCCGCUAUGUGUUUGUCACCUGGUUUCGAAUCUUCUGGAGCUAGGAGUUUGGUACCGGAUAUCCAAAAUGAUCUCAAGAAUGCCCUAUUCUACUCCCCUGCCGUUCACGAUGCGAUAGACGAUCAAACUCUCGUCGAUGGUCUAGUAGCUCUGUACCGUGCAGAUCCAACCACCACCACCUCGACUUACUUCCCCCGUCUCUUGGGAGGAUUAGACGAAGGGGACAAGACCAUCGCCAUCCGCGCAUGUUUGAUCAUUCGAUCAGAAGAUGGACAAUACCCUUGGAGUCCACCUUCCACUCAAUUGAGUGGAACCAUAGGACCUAAUCUACGAGCAAUCUUGAAAACACAAGCAGCCGCUCUUACAGGUGAUCUAUCCACACGUCGAGCAACAGGUGGUAGACUUCCUUCAAGUCAAGAAGAAUUGAUAUUAGAAUUACUUCAACUAUAUACUCUCGACCCUACACUUUUAUUGUUUGGUAGUACGGAUGAUGUCGCACAAGGUAUCUCUUCGAUUUCUUCAUUAUUAGUAGGACCCAGUCCAAAUGGCGUGAGAAUAGUUGCUUGUAGAACUGUCGUGGCUGUUUUAGAACAUAUCAUUGGUACACCUCAAGAGAAUAAAAUGUUGUGGCAAUCGGCAAUACCUUCUUUAUGGGGGUUGUUGAUAGAUACUUCAAGACAACAUUUAUAUACUUUUCAAGCUGGUGAUCCGGAAGAUGUGGUGGAUGCUGCUGAUGCUGUGAGGGAUGUUUUGGUAGCUUUGAGUAAAGUAGCGGAUCAUAUGCCUGAAACCCUCAAGAAUGCCCCGAACGCACAAGCAGCAGUCCUGACCGCCAUGGUGGCCGGUUUGACCCGACUCAUUUCGGUCGAUGUGGACCGACAGGCAUCACUGGGAAAAGCAAUGGUGGCGUUGGACCGACUUAUCCGUUUAGUCUACAAUCUGCCUUCGCCAGGGGUGCCUGUGGGUAACGUCAAUGACGGAUUGGAGAGUAGUCGGGUAGGGGCGGACAUGGUGGCUUUGCUUGACGCUAUACGUGCUCUUCCACCAGCUCAGGGCCGUCAGCAACAACACCGACAAUUCCGUCGUGUACUGCGACAAUUCGCAAAACCCUCCACGGUCUUCUGCGCCACGUGGACGGGACUGGAGAUGAGAGGCAGAAUUCUGACUGGGCUUGUGGGACGCAUGGAGGGCUCGACAGAGAGGUCGACCAAACGACGAAGCAUGUCUUUUGAUACCCGACUUGACGAGGAGCAGCGAAAAGAAUGGCAAAACUUGAACAUGCUGAUGGCUGCCACGGCGGCUUGUACGCAGUACGACCCUUCAUCCCCACCCAUGGCCCUAUGUGAGAUAGUGGGCAAGAACGUCCUUCCGAGGAUCUACGACGAAUCUCCGGAUCUGUCUCAGGCGGGGGAGAGGUAUAUAUCUGAUAGUGUCAACUUAUUGGUGACUAGUUCGGUCAUGGUGCGUGAGUCCGCCAAGGAGCUUUUGGGAGCGGAGUUACCUUUAUCGCUUUGUAGAAUUUUGACACAGGCCAUGGUCCGGCUUCUGGGUCAAGCAGUCGGGCCAAAUGGCAUCACCAUCGCCGACUCUCACACCACCUUCAUUGACCAGGCGUUAUCUGUCAUGAAGCUCACUGUCGACCGCAUGACCACCAGUGAGGCUCCAAGCGGGGUGCCAGUCGACGUGGGCGAAUUCAUGCUCCUCCUCGCGCGUUACCUCGCUAGGUUGGGGAGAGAAACUGGGGAACUGAGGAUGAAGACUCGGUUCUGUCUCUUGGUCGAGAUGAUGUUGCAGAAACCGAAUUUCGUCACGUUCUCCAACGACAUGCGGUUCAGAAACUUCGCUUUGGAAGUCAUGUCGGACUGGGCGUUCGAAAAUCUUCGGGACGGCGAUGGUUACUCCCUUUCCGAUUCGGCUACCAGAAUUCAUCAAGAAUUGGACCACGCGUGUCUCAAAGCGAUGGUACCAGUCUCGGAAGGUUUGAACUUAGUUUCGCCCGGGGACGAAGCUGCAAGUCAUCAACCCAUCGUCAAGUCUCGUCUCUUUUACAGGCAUUAUCAUAACCUUGUCCGUCUUCUAGAACGUCCACAGGAACCCGACUACGAUCAUGUUCCCGCGACACCAUCUCUUACAAAUCCCACAUCUUUGUCAAUGAAGCGUCUCAACACCAUACAUGCUCAUUCACAAGCACAUCAAUCAUCAUUGGCAAUUGCAAUCUUGUCCAACUUGUUGAGUGCCAACAUCGACGUGGGUCUCAAAGCUUGCCUUUCUUUAGGCUACCACGAGGAUACCAACUUGCGUACGGCAUUCAUGCAGCUCAUCACCAACAUUCUGCAACAAGGAGCGAGAUUUGGUGGACUCGGAGCGAAGAGAGUUUCUUUGACGCCCAAGGCAUAUGUGGAAUCGUUGACAGAUUCCAACAUGGCACUUGCUAUGGUAAUAUGCGAUGUUUGUCCCAACAAUGAAGUGGACGAGAUCUCGAGUUUGCUCUUCCGUGUAUUUGAAGCUAGAGGCACAUUACUUCCUUUCCUCAAGCUAUUGAUUGAACGUGAGGUAGCAAUGACCAACCACGAGUCGGAAUUGUUCAGAGCUAACUCUAUCACCACUCGGAUUUUGACAGCAGUCGCGAAGACAUACGGCUACAAUUACAUUCGGGCCACACUACAGCCCCUCAUCCAGAGUUUGGUUGAUAAACCUGCGGAUUGCUCUUUCGAACUUGACCCUAGCAAGGCUUCUACGACCGACGACAUUGAACGCAAUGCCGACCAUAUACGACUGUUGUGCCAAGCAUUGCUAGAUCUCAUUUGUUCUUCCACCCCUCGGGUUCCAGUGGUUUACAGGGCUCUUUGUCAUUAUAUCUGGGAAGUAGUGGAAGAACGGUUUCCUGAUUCUCGUCAUUCUGCAGUCGGAUCUUUCAUAUUCCUUCGAUUCUUUUGUCCAGCCAUCGUAGCUCCUGAAUCUAUUGAUCUCGAUAUCCCACCGGAGAAUCGCGAAGUUCGACGAGCGUUGUUAUUGAUCACCAAGGUCAUACAAAAUUUGGCAAAUAAUGUGGUAUUCAAAGAACCACACAUGAGGGUGCUGAAUAGUUUCUUGUCUGAGAAUAUACGACAAGUGACUAAAUUCUUGUCUGACAUUGCUGUACGACCACGAUCAUGGGAACUGGGAGCAGCCAUCAAGACCACUCAAGAAGAAGCUGAGCGUUCCCAGGAUUUGGAAGGUGAUGAGGCCAUACUACAUCGAUACAUCUUCAAACAUGCCCCAAAACUAGAGAAGAGUCUCGAAUCAUUGCCCCCCACAUUCCGGACGACAAUAGUGCCACGUUCCGCCAGACCAGAUCUCGAUGCCCGAGGCGCUCUCCAGAACCUCAAGAUAUUGAUGGAAACCACGGGUCCUCCUUCGGAUGUCUCUCGGUUGACCGCGACUGUCAGAACUCAGUUGUAUGAAGAAUUCAUGAAACAUAAUCUCGGAAGAAGCACCGAGGCGGUCGCAAAUGUAUUCUAUGAAGGUCCUGCAAGCCAGAAUGGAAUGCGAAUCUUCUAUUUUGUCGUCUCUCGUGUUGCUUUGAUCGAUUACGAUCUUCUUGCAUAUCACGUCUUUCAGCAAUUGGAUGGUAUAACGGAUUACUUUGAUAUCGUCAUUGACCUCACCGAUUUUUCACCUUCCACCGAACUACCUCUUGCAUGGCUCAAACGUUCUCUCCAAAUGUGUCCACCGGGUGUCUUCGGUUGCAUCAAUACAAUCGCCUUGUACAACCCUAACACGUAUGCACGGAAACGUGUACGGCGCUUAAUAGCUGAGCUCCUCACUGUUGCACCUGCAGCUGGCAAGAAUGUCAUUGCUGCCAGUAGUCCAACAGAGCUUGCUGAUUCCAUCCCUUUCACCAGUUUGGUAUUACCUGAACAUACUAUGGCUUUAGCGUACGAAGCAGACAACGUUUUCACCAAUCUACUCUGUUUGACAGAUCACGAGAUGCAAGUGCCCGUCGUUGUGAAAUUAGGGCAUGACUGUAUUCAAAUCGCCUCUUGGAGAAAAACUGAAGUCACCUCGUCUCUCAAAUCAUACAUUAUCGACCUUAUCCGAUUAAAAGACAUCGAUGAUAUAGUGACGGAAAGUGGACUAGCACCCGAUCAAUUGGUAAUCAAACAUUCUCAAACUGAAUCAGUGACAUUUAUCACACGAAAACGGAAUGAUAUGGCUCAAAUCCUUCGUGCUGCAAGAGCGAGACUUCGAGAUGUUCCAUCGGAUCAACGUGCCCUCCGACCAAACGACGUACCAGGUACUUUAUUAAAUGUCGCUUUACUCAAUCUAUCCGCAGCAGAUGAAACUCUUCGGAUGGGUGCUUAUAACCUCACCCAUGAACUCAGUCAGUUUUUCAAGUACGAUGCCGCAAUCCGAAUUGUCAAAGUCACAGCGGGUUUGACUAUCCCUCAAAAUUCGCUAUCUUUCACUUUUAAUCUUUCUAGAGCUUUGGCGGCAUCCGUUCCGCAUUUGACAUUGGAAUUCUUGAAAGAAUGGACCAUUGGGUUCGUUAAAGCUUCUACACCGCAAAAGACUGCAUGUCUUAAUUAUGUGAGACCUUGGCUUGGGAAUUUAGAAAUGUUUAGUAGACCUUCCAGGGAAGAUGGUCCGGAGGCUGUUAAACAGGUUGGGGAUAUCGUGAGGGCUUUGAUCUCUAUCACUGUGUCUGAAAGAAGGCGCCUUCAACUCUCUGUACAAGAACAUGUAUGGUCGACCUUAGCGAAUGCCCACGAAACCUUGGUUGAUAUCAUGAUCAAUGAGCUGCUCACCGCUGCUAUUGACGCCGGCAUAGGAUCUGAUAAAGCCGAGACUGUCGGCGAGAUCUUGGUCUCUAUCUCGAGCACGGCAAUUCGUGGUAAAAUGAUUGCUCGUCUACGUAAAACUUUGGCACAAACAUACCUCAAACCGUCCGCUUCGCUUGAAAAUAACACAGCGUGGGGAGAGAUCUGCACUCUAGCAAGACUCAACUUAUCCCUUUCCUUCGCCCCUCAUUCACCACUCGAUACUCAGUUGUUCCUCCCGGAGAUCUGUCACGUCCUCACUCUCCUAGUCGGAGUUGGGCAAAAGAUCGUCUGUCAAACGGUUUACGGUAUCUUCCCAUGGCACCCCCUUGAGAUGGACGGUCCGGCUUUGCAGAAUCUGUUGAGGAGGGCCCAACAACCUGAUAUGGUUGCCUUUUUUGGGUUGACGCAGACGGCGGUAGGAGUGGAGUUGUAUGAGAAAGCGGGGACUGAUGAUGGAGCGGGGGUGUUGAUGGCUGUAGAGGGUUUGGCGAAGUUUCUUGGGGAAGUUUUGGCCGCUGGGGCGGUCUCGAUGGACUGUGCAAAUGCCUGGCGGGCCAGAUGGAUGGGUCUCGUCGCUGCCACAUGUUUCCAACACAACCCUGCAACUCAACCACAAGCCUUCACCGUGCUUGGCUACCUCGCCUCUGACGAACUGGACGAUGAUCUGGUGUAUCAAAUCCUAGUCGCCAUGUCCACCACCUUGAACCACUUCACCGACGCAGACCACGUUUUGGUCAUCGCAAUGCUUCGAAGUCUCUCUUGCGUCAUCCCUGGACUUGUUGCCGAAACACGAUAUGUCUCUUCACUCUUCUGGCUCGCCAUCGCACAUCUCGAAUUAGGUUACGUACCCGUUUUCAGUGCUGCCUUAGAGCUGAUCCUCGCUUCUUUGCAGACCAUGUCUUCCUCUGGUCAGCUGAAUCAGGGGUUGAUAGAUGGUCUGAUGACGGGUCGAAAAGCUUCUGGAGUGGGUGAGACAGCUGGGAAGUUGGAUCAAGUGGCAGGUGUAUCAUUCGAGACGGACCCUGCCUUUUCUUUGGUGGGAAUCAUGGUGAAAGGAACAAGACAUCCAUCCACAAAGAAACUCACGACAGAAACUUUGUUGGAACUCUUAAGACUUUCCGUUCCUUCCACUCCGGGUGGAAAUAGGGAAGAUGAUGUACAAACUGUCAGUUCGUUGAUAGCUCCAAAUAGUGUUCCGUUCUUCAUGGCACUUCUACCGAUUUGCGUUGGGAAUGAAUUGGAGAUGAAGACAUUGUUCACUGCUGCUGGGUUGGAAGUAUCGGAUAGGGUGUUGGGUGAUAUGGGAAGUUUACAAGUAUUUGAUUUGUUGUCUAUCCCUAGGGAUAAUUCGACCGCUUUAUUGUUGGUCACGUUGGUAGUGACUUUACUGCAUAAUUGCGGAAGUGAUACAGAGAGAUUGGUGUUGUAUAGGUUUUUGGCCGACGCUAGUGUGGAAAUGCCAGAGGUGGUAUGUUUGACAUACGACAUUCUCGUCCCUCGUAUGCUCGCCACUUUAUCAACUACCUCCAACAUGCAAAUCCUCACCGUCAUCACUCAGAUACUGGAGAGAGCGAUGGCAGAUCCGUCAUAUCAGUUCCCAUCUACCAUCUCCUCGGAAUCCCAGUCGUCUCUCCAUCAACAAGGUUACUCGGCGAGUAUAAGCAGUACACCCAGUGUGGGUGCGGGACAGAGGGAGCAGGUUUUAGAGGAUUUGGGUAUGAAAGGAUUGGGUGAAAUGGGAUUCGCAAGUGUCAAACCUGACCGCCUGGCUACCAUGGCCAAAUGGGUCGCAACUCUCAUCGAAAGCUUCACCAUAUGA